AUGGAGAUCAAUGCCAAUGAUUGGGAAGAUUCAAAAUUGGUGGUCCUCAUCACGGGUUGUUCCAGUGGAGGAAUAGGUCACGCGCUUGCACGCUCCUUCGCCGCCAACAAUUGUAUAGUGGUGGCCACCAGCAGGUCGCGUUCCACCAUGGUGGACUUGGAAGACCACCCAUAUUUCUUUUUACAAGAACUCGAUAUUUUGUCCGAUGAGAGUGUGAACAGAGUUGUCGAUACUGUUAUAAAUAAAUACGGUGGCAUUGAUAUUCUUAUCAAUAACGCUGGUGUUCCAUGUGUCGGUCCAAUCGUAGAUAUUCCUCUAUCGACGAUCAAAAACACCUUUGAAACCAAUGUUUUUGGUUCUUUGAGAAUGGUGCAGGCGGUGGUUCCUCACAUGGCAGCUAGGAAAAAGGGAAAGAUUGUGAAUGUUGGGAGUAUUGUGGGGUUGGCCGCUAGACCUUGGACGGGUGCCUAUGCUGCUUCUAAAGCUGCUCUUCAUGCUUUGACAGACGCAUUAAGAUUGGAACUUGGACAUUUUGGAAUUGAUGUUGUGAAUGUUGUUGGUGGCUAUGUGAAAUCAAAUAUGGUAAAAUCAGUCCUGACCACCCACGACAACAUGCUUGAGUGGAAACUAUUCAAAUCAUUUGAAGCAGGAUUCAGAGAGAGACUUGUACGUUCUCAGAGUUCAAAAUCAACACAUGCAGACGAGUUUGCUAAACAAACUGUAGCUGCUGUCCUUAGAAAGAAAUCACCUGCAUGGUUCUCCUAUGGUCAAUAUACUACUGUCAUGGCUAUCAUGUACCAUUUACCUCUUUGUGUUAGAGACUUUCUUUUUAAGAAAGACAUGAAACUCUGA